UUCAACCACUUUGCUCAUGGUUUAGGGGUUCCUAUUACCAUUUGCUCUGUCUUGAAAAAUUCCAUUUUUCUUCUUUUCCUCACACAUUUAGUUAUGGAGGACUUGCUGGGUCUGUUGAGAAUUCAUGUUGAGAAAGGUGUCAAUCUUGCAAUCAGGGAUGUGGUGAGCAGUGAUCCUUAUGUUGUCAUCAAAAUGGGCAAGCAGAAGCUGAAGACUCGGGUGGUUAAAAAGAAUUUAAAUCCUGAAUGGAAUGAUGACUUGACCCUGUCUAUUUCAGAUCCUCAUGCUCCAGUCCAUUUACAUGUGUAUGACAAGGACACAUUCAGCUUAGAUGACAAAAUGGGGGAUGCUGAUUUUUCCAUUGGUCCAUUCAUUGAAGCAGUGAAGAUGCGCUUGACAGGUCUCCCCAACAAUACCAUAGUUACAAAAGUGUUGCCUAGCAGACAAAACUGCUUAGCUGAAGAGAGUCACAUUGUGUGGAAGGAUGGCAAAGUUGUGCAAAACCUGGUUCUUAGACUAAGAAAUGUAGAGUGUGGGGAGGUGGAACUCCAGUUGAAUUGGAUUGACAUUCCUGGUUCAAGGCAUCUCUAGAUCACAGUCCAAGACUUGGCAUAUUGUAAAGUUUAGACUUGCAGCCUCAUAAACCAGCAACACCUUAUGUUUUAUAUUAUGCUAUCUUUUACUCUUUCGCACAACUAUGGUGUUGCAAUUAGUAGUAAUUAGUGAAGAAGAAUGGGAGAGGUUGUUUCCCUAGCUAUAAUUUAGAAUCAUCUCCUAGUUCCGUGUAAUAAUGUGCAAGAAACGUAGCAUAUAGAUUUUGCACAUACUAUGUUAGUCGCUAGUCAUAUAUCAGUUUUUUCUAUAUUGAUUGUUUGGACAUUUAUUGGUACUAUAUGGUUUAUAUGAUAUACUUAGGUAAA